AUGCGUGAUACAUUUGUCUAUCAUUUAUUGAAUCGUGCUCUAAGACAACUAAAUUUAAAUGGUAUUUUUAAAUUUCGAUUUUUCAUUACCGAUUUGUAUGAACAAUUGAAACAAGAAUAUGAACGUUAUUUAGAAGAUGAUACUUAUACUUCAUAUGAAGUCGAUCAUGAAUCAUUGAUUGUUUAUCGUAGUCAAUUAAUUGAUGUAUCAAUGAAUAGCGUCUUUAGGGGUGUAAUUGUUCGAUUAACCAACGUUUGA